AGUGCCUUUUUUUCUUCUGUUACUUACUGUCCGCACACCAUCCGUCGUCUUGAGUGUUGAUGUUGCACGUUAUUCGUAUAUCCUUUUAAGCUAUGGAAUUCAAAUUAUUUUUCACGUUCUUUCAGUACCUCUCACAUCAAGCAAGCAAGACGUGAACAAAGCCUCAACAUCUAACUAUCAGUAUGCACGGUGGCGCCGCUCAGUCGUUUUACGCCCCGCCGCCGGUGCGCGGGGCGGAGUACGCGUCAUGGACAAAUUCUUCCCUUGGUCGCUUCCUGCUCUUCUCCACCGCCAUGACGCUCUUUAUGCUCACCGCCUUCGGGCUGACGAUCAACGCGAGUUAUGGGGAGAAGUCCGGUGGGGAGGUUCCCAACCCCCGCGGCCCGACGGAGCAGUUUCUCCUUCUGCUGGUCACCCUUUUUUUCCUCGCCGCCUACUACUCAGUGCCGGUGUUCGCGGAGCGCUGCGGGGUGGGCGUCUUCGACGCGAACUGGAAACCGUACGUGCACUUUUUCCGCCUCUCCUUCUUCACCGCCAUUAUGGGGUUCUCAACUGUUACAUUCUCAGCUGUUACAUGAAUUUGUGAUGCAAGAAUGGCAAAAGUCAAAGGGGUGACCUUGCGCGUCUAGCAUGACAGAUUCGGCACAGAUUCUCAGCCUGUUUGGCUCUUCGAGAAUUUGUCAUGCGGAGCAGCUUGAUCGUAUCGAUUCUAAUUGUGAUUUUGCAUGACAAAUCAUGUAACAGUUGAGAAUGUAACAGUUGAGAAUGUAACGUUUGAGAACGCCAUAGCCAUGCCCGCUUUGUUCUGCAUCGGCAUGGGGUUCGGCCCCAACGUGUCCAACGGCGCGCAGAUCGCGGGGACGCUUUUUCAGGACCUGAUCGCGAGCACGGCGGACGGCGAUUUGAACCGCGUGGUCGGCGACUACUUCGUCGUGGACGACAUGUUUGUGGGGCUGAACCUCACCCGGGCCAUCAUCCAGACGCUCUCCGAGCCGACAAGUCGCGGGUCCACGCGCGCGCAAACCCGGGGCGGGCAGGUGUUUCACAUGCCCACCCAGUUCAGCGAAAUCAACUACUUCGACCGCAAGGACGCGCUCGCCGGCCCGCCCCCGCCCCUGCCCAAAGACAUCAUCGGCCACUACGUCUUCGCGCCGAUCUUCGAGACCUGGCGGAUCUGCAUCACGUAUCACGAGAAAAAAGUGCUACAGUUACACAUUUGUUGGAGUUUCUGCAUCACAAAUUUUCUCUGUGUGACAGAGAAAACUUGUAAUGCGAAGAUCAUAAGGGAAAACAGGAAGGAAACGAGGCUCCUAAGCAUUUCCUGCAUGAGAAAGGUUGUCUGUGUUGCCGGUCUUGCAACACAAUGUGUAACUGUAGCGCUUUUUUAUUCCGAUAUCACGCGCGGCGCGGUCAGUAGCAUCUGCAUGCGGGAGAACACGUUGAUCGGAUUAUCACAAUGAAAAACGCCCCCACCCCCGAACUUGGGAGCACUUGUAUUGCAAACCUUUCCAACAGAAACACUCGCCCUCUUGCAUCUAGCAGCAUCACAGAUUUCCAAUCGUGAAUAGCGUGCGAAGAUUUGUAUUACAACAGAUCCCAGGAAGAGCAGCACUUGUCAUGCAAGCAAUGCUAUAUACGCCUAGACUCUGCAUCACAAAGAUUCAUAUUCCUCUCAUGCAUGACAAAAAGUUUUCAUUUGGAAACUUCGCAUCACAAAUUAUUGCAACUUUGGGGGUGGGGGCAUUUUUCACGGUAAUACGGAUUCCAGUACAAGCAGGCGGACAGCACCUGCCGCCGCGCCGGCGCACUGGGCUGCUUAGUCGAGCCGCGGCCGCAGUUGAACCCCAACUACCGGUAUCAAAUGUAAAAAUGUCUGGGUCUGGAAGAGUGCGACUUGUCAUGCUAAAUCUGAAGCAUGCAAAAAUCUGUGUUGCAUGAUUGCCAAAAGUCGUCCAGUUUUGACCAAGUCGGGAGGGAGUUUCUCAUGCAGAAUAGGCAUGAGAGAGAUUGCGCAGCAUCUGUCAUGCUAGGUCCUGCAUUCCAGGCUUCAUGGGUCAUGGAAAAGCUGCAUGACAAAUCGCGCAUUCUUCCAGACCCAGACAUUUUUACAUUUGAUAACCGGUGCCGGCAAACGAACGCGGUCCUCGGCCUCAGCGCGAAGGGCCAGAUCACGGGGCUGUGCGGACGGAUUGCCAUCCCACCACACCCAAAUCUCUUGGACGAGAUCGUGCAGAGGCACACACAGGACGGGUGGAUGCUAGGUAAUAUGCCGGUUUUGUGUUUGUACUUCAGAGAUUUAGAUGGUAUUUAGACCUGAUCCUGGAGGUAGUGUAGUGCGACUUUUGUCCAGGAACUAAGGUCUUGCUCGUGGUUCUACUUGUUGUUUGCCUUUGCAGUAUGCUCAAAAGAUAAAUUCACUUUGACGUCGAAGAUGUGUAGUAAAGAACCGAACGUAAAGCUAGAGAAGCCUGCUAUUUACUAUUUCUCUUUGUUCAUCGAAAUGUAGUUUCUUCUGCAGUAAAUAGAUACCCUGGCUGUAGCUAAUCGGAAGAAAACGGUAACCAUGAAUCUGAAUCGUUGAGCAUCAACAUCAACCAGGUGAAACGAUGGCAUGCCACUGUCCCACAGACGGUUCAAGUGGCACGGACGUCGCCUGCCCGCCGGGCUUGCGGGACACGAGCUGCAAAAACCUGGCACCCCUGUUCUUCGUAAACGCCGACGCCGACGACCGGAUAAGCAAAACCAAAGAGGCGGAAUCUCUCUGGUUCAAGUACGAGCUAGCGGGAGGGGUGUUUGGUGGGCUGACAGUCUUCCUUAUACUCCUGACGAUGUUAGGCGACUGCUACGUAGACCGAUAUCUACGGGCUGCGGCCAAGUACGCGACAUGAGGACGAUGGGUGGACUUUUGUGGUGGCGACGAAGGUCAAGGAUGUGAGGUCUGCUGUUGCUGUUACUUGUUCCUGGCAGUCGCAGUUGCCGCGAUGGAUAAGGAAUCGUAGUCGAAUGCUGGUUGUACUUGUUCUACAUCAACCUACUCGCUACUUCUCCUGCUUCGCCUGCUGUCAAGGGCAAAUCUGAGGUCGACCUUCCGGAAGACCCGAACACCUACAACACCCAAUAGACCGCUGGUGCGGGUGGAUAAGUAGUUUCGUGCCGGUUUUGAAGCCUGAGAUAUCACUCAGCUUCGCGACGCAAAAUUAAUGACAUUGUUCUUGAACCAUCAAUCUCAAUCUAGUUACCUUGUCCAGGAUUUAGUGCCCUGGCUUGAACUCGUAGCUAUCGAUAUAUGAAAGUAGACGAGCAAAUGAAUAUAUGAAGGUGAUUUUCCCUGUUGGAUUGAAACGCAAUGAUGCAGGUG